CUUCCAUCCUUUUGAUUUUGAUUUCCUGACGCGUUGAAACCGAUGUUUUGUUCUUCUGCAGCGACUCUGAAGGUGAACGAAACCGUCGACACCGUCCGCAAACUGUGCCUGAACCCGUCCAUCUUUGUGACCCCCGAGUGGCCAGGAGAAAGUGCCGCUGCAGCUUUCAGAGAUCUGAAGAAACUGUCCCGGAUCUUCAAAGACCAGCUGGCGUACCCGCUGAUCGCUGCCGCCAGGGAAGCGAUGGCGCUGCCCGUGGCGUUCGGUCUGGCGGCCCUCCCCCCGGAGCUGCUCCUGCGGGUCCUCCGGCUGCUGGACGUCCGCUCCGUGGUGAGACUGUCCUCCUGCUGCAGACACUUCAGCUGCUGCACGGCCGACUCCACGCUGUGGAGACACCUGUACCUGCGCGACUUCUCAGGUGAGACAAAUCAGGGUUUUAUGGACACAGUUUGUCUUCUGGUCGACUGGCUGCAUGUGUGACUAAAUGUAACGUUG